CCAUCUUUAGCUUCUCUUCAUCUUAGCUUCCUUGAAUCAUUCUGACAUCUUCGGCUCCGAUUCUCGGCGAGUUUGCUACUUCGCUCCGAAGCUUUGACCUCCAACUUUCCGACCUCUGCGCAAUUCCGCGAACCAGUUCCGAGUCAAACGAGUCAGAUUUGAUGACAACAACAACCUUUCUACUACUGCUUGGCUUCAUCGUCAUCCUCACCACUCCACUUCAGGCUCAAACUCCAGUCCAUAUUGUUCCAAUCUCCUGGGUGCAAAAUGCCAUCGUCAAAGGGGCAGUUUGUUUAGACGGGACUCCGGCUGCUUACUACUAUGAACAAGGCCAAGGGGAUGGUGCUAAUAACUGGCUAGUCUUUUUACAAGGUGGAGGUUGGUGUGUGAAUCAAACCGACUGCUUUAAUCGUGCUAUAUAUGGCAAAAGUUCUGGUUCAACCAAGAAUAUAAGUCUUACUUUUCCAUUUGGAGAUUUUCUCUCCAAUAAUCAAACAAAUAAUCCAGAUUUCUACAAUUGGAACAGAGUCUAUGUUCCGUAUUGUGACGGAUCGUCGUUUACCGGCGACGUCGAAGCACCUGAUAGUGUGACUAACGUGACAUACAAAGGUGCUCGAAUUUUUAGAGCUACCAUGGAUGAUCUCCUAUCUAGAGGCAUGAAUGGUGCCCAAAAUGCACUUCUUACUGGUGUUUCUGCUGGGGGAUUGGCAGCAAUGAUCCAUUGCGAUAGAUUUCGAGGACUUCUGCCAUGGUUUGCCAGAGUAAAAUGCCUCCCAAUUGCUGGCUAUUUUGUGCAUGAGGAAAAUCUACCGGGGAGCAAACAAUUUGAGGUGGCAUUUGAUGCGCUGAUUCAUUUACAUGGAUCAGCCGGUAUGCUGCCUCCACAGUGCACUUCAAUAAUGACGCCAAGUCUUUGUUUGUUCCCCCAAUAUUUAUUGCAGUAUGUGACGACACCCGUCUUCAUAGCCAUGUCGUCAUUUGACCAAGUUCAGAUAAAGUGGAACUUGUUCAAAGAGGAUGAAGUAUGUUUGGUAUCUCAAAACUGCACACAUGAUCAGAAACAGGCAAUACAAGAAUUGAGAUCUGAUGUAUUAGCUGCACUCCCCAAAGCUCCUCCAUUGUCCAGGGGCAUAUGGAUGACGAGCUGUAUUGCCCACGAGAUGCCUUACUAUUCUACACUGACAAUCAUAGGGAACAAGACAUUUGCGGAGGUAUUCAUUGAUUGGUAUUUUGGUUUCAAUUACUUACAAGUAAUUGAUACCCAAAUAGAGCCACAAAAUUGCUCUUUAUAUGGCAUAGGUCCAAAACAAUUGUGAGCUAAAUGAUUCUCUGCAAGGUUCUUGGAAGUUGGAUUUGAGUUUUAUGUUUUUCAUCAUUUUAGUAUGUAAUGUAUGUUGUAGUUGCUACUCCCCUGGUUGUCUACUGCCUUAAUGGUUGGAGACAGUAUGUAAUGUUUUAAAUACUUUAAAAAUUGUGUGAAUCAGUUGCGUACCUUCUAUAUGAAGUAUUUUUUUUAGUUA